UAGGAUCAUUGGGACACGCAAACCCCUCCACCACGAUAAGGUGACGGUUCAAGGAGGAGAACAUUAUGCUAAUGUUAGGUUACCUUAUGAAAAUCCAUGCAGAUUUUAAGGGCAAAUUCAGUUCAUGCCACUGCCAGUAAUUAGAAUUGUUUUAAUGUCAAACAUAUUAUUGGUUAUAGUAAUUUAAGAGGUAUAUCUCAACAUUAAUGCAUAUACAAUAAAUUAUAAUUGUAUUCAGUUUCCUUGUGAACUUUACAUAAUACUCGAUAAGAUAACAUAAUAUUUCUGCUGCCUCCCACUUCUAUGGUUCACAUCCUGAGUCUGAGCACCAUCUGUGUUGAGUUGUGUAUUCAUUUGUUUUCCUCUGCCAUCACAAAGAUUUGCAUGAUUGGUUAACUAGCAGCUCAUAAUAGGAAAGAGUGUCGGUGUGUGUUAAUAAUCCUGAAGCAUCCACUUUUGUUACUUCUGCCACCUCAAACUAACAUAUGCUGUCAAUUCACAGGAACAUGGGUUCAUUUGAAGUCAGACCAUCAAGGACUAGAAAAUGAAAGCAUUAUAACAUAUUUUUUAAUUAUACAGAAUCAUUAUAUUCAACUAUCACAUAAUUUACAAAAUAAUAAUGUUAUAUUAUGUUUUUCUAACAAGGCAGGGAAGAAGAUCUUCAUUUUUCAGUUCUGUGUUCCUUAUAGGGUAGUACUUCACUGCCUUAAUGAAAUUAGUUGAAUAUGACAUGGACUUGUUGAUGCUAUGAAUGGAAUUAAGUCCUUUGUUUUGAAAGUUUAAAUAUCAAAUUCUGAAUUCUGAUGUUAUGUGUUUGCCAUCAUGUAAAUAUAUGUUACAAUCUGUGAACUCUAUUGAGAUUUUGUUUAGAGCAGGGUAAAGUAGUGCACGUAAAUAAAAUGUGUCCAGGGUCCAGUACUUUGUUAGACAUCAUAAUACACAAAUACAGGGUUUACUUUCACACCAAAAUUAUAUUUGCUUCAGAAAAUUCAGCCAUUGUUCUUCAUCUAAAUGGCAAUUGAUGACAACAAUUUUUGCAAACACUCCGGAACUACUGAUGGUUUCUGAUGAGUAUGAAACUCUUUUGCAACAAAACAUAGUAUAUUGCUCCAUACCAUCAUCUGACAUAGGUACAUUUGCAGAUUGGUAUUACCAAACUAUUUUUAAAUUGACUGUAGUGUUCAAAGAGACUGAUCUAAACAAUACAUUAACUGUGUGAUUGUUCCUUCAUGUUAUUGACUGCUGUCUUUGUAGCAUGGGUGUUAACAAGAGACUGUUGCAUUUUUAUUUAUUUUCCCAACAAAAAAUAUCAGAAAAUUGUCUACCAUUUUUAUAAGAAUGUAGUAACAGAUGUCAUUGUCUUUACAGUUCAUAAUAACAGCUCAUAUUACUGGGUCAUCCCUGUGCUCGGACUGCUCCUCUUCAUUAUCCCUGCAGUAAUAUGUAUUAAAAAGAAACGAAACAAGGGGUUAGGUGUUAAAAUUCAGAUGGAUGAAGAUAAUGGAAAUGAUUGCUUAACUGAGCAAGACACCCAUCGAAAAGUGUUCAUAUUGUACUCUCUUGACCACCCAAUGUACAAGGAGAUUGUACUUAAAUUUACUGCAUUCUUGAAAGCAGAAUGUGGUAUAGAUGUUGUUCUAGAUCUCCUAAAUACACAACAAGUUGGAGAAAUGGGACACAUGAACUGGCUGGCUUGGCAGAAGCAAGAAUUUGAGAAUUCCUCCAACAAAAUACUUAUCCUCUGCUCAAAGGGUGUACAAAUGAAAUGGCAAGCAAUGUUGACCCAAGAGACAUCACAGCGUGUUAUUCUUAAGGAGGAUAUCAAUUCUGAGAUGGGGGAUAUGUUUACUCCUGCUUUAAAUCUAAUCCUUCCUGAUUUCAAGCUCCCAGCACAGUUUGGAAAAUAUAUAAUUACAUAUUUUGAUGGUGUGAGCAGUGAGCAGGAUAUUCCUGACCUUUUUAACAUCAGUGUGAAAUACAAACUUAUGAAACAUUUUGAAGAGAUCUACUUCCGGAUUGUAGACAAGGAGAAACAUCAACCAGGCAGGAUUCAUCAUGUACAAGGUAUUUCUGCAGAUGAGUACUUUAAAAAACCUUGUGGGAGAGAGUUGAGAAAUGCAAUUGAAGCCUUUCUGGAAUAUCAGACACAGAACCCUGACUGGUUUCAUAAUGAGUGUGUGAAGACAGAGAAAGAAGUGACAUUAGAUGACAAAAUUUCAGAAGACCUUGUCAUAGGAUCCUUCAUUAACAAUAUGAUCUAUAACAUUCCUGGUCAGGUCUGUGUCCUACAACCUAUUGUUUCAGAGGUGAAGGAAAAUCUUUUAUCCCAAGUUGUUCUGCCUAGUGUUGCAGUUGAAGAUUGUGAAAUGUUUAUGUCUGAGCUAAACACACGAGACAGAGAAGAGACCAGUUGUGACAGAGUUGAGCUUCAUAUUUCCACACAACAAGAAGGCAACUGGAGCUGUUUUACAACUGAACCUUCAUUUCGGAAAUCUCCAGUUGCUAAGUAUGAACAAAAUGCCAUUGAGCUGCCUCAUGAAAAAACUAUAAUGGACAGUAAUGAAUCAAGUUUAUCAUCUGAAUCCUGGAAGCAGCUUCAGGAUUUCCAAAACAUGCAGAACGCACCAUUUCCUUUUUCUUUUGCAGAGCAAGAAAGCUUCAAUAUGUGCAGCACAGAGUUGAAUAAUGAUAAGAGGCAGUCCAGUGAGACAGACCAAGGGUAUAUGUCAUUACUGCCUAACUCUACCUACCAAACUGAUCUAGAUGAUGCUGAUGCUGAUGCUAUAAGUGAACUUAUAAAAUUGCAGCAAGACUGCUACAUGGAAAGCCUGAGAGACUGAUUCUUUUACUAUAUACCAUGUGUAUCAGAUCUGAUUAAUUAAAAGAAGGUAAAUUCAUUCCACUAAUCAAGAAAACAAAUGCAGAGAUAGUGGCACUUGAUGUUGAUGGUGAUGUAAAGCUUCCGCAUGCUGCAUCUACCACUGCUUUCUCUUUGGCUGUUACUUCUCAAACUUAUUUCUGGAAGUGAUCACAGAACGUUUGCAAACAUUGCAGCAAAGAUGGUGUCCUUUUGAUGACGCUAAACACAUUUAGCUGCCUUUAACUUACUAAAGAAGUAUUAGUCUUCCACUAUGAAUGUUGCUGAUAGUGACAACUCUAACUCUGCAAUAUAAGGAACCUGCUGAUGGAGUACAACAACACCGUGAAUACAACCAUGCAAGUUAAUUUAAACAAACAUGGAACUGAUAUUGUUUGUAUCAAAGAAGAAUGGGCAAUAGUAAUUCUAUGAAGUUCUAUUUUUCUUGUCAUAAUUCUGAUGUAAAUAUUAAUCAGCAAUAACUCAGUGUCCUUAAAAUUCAACAUAAUCCUCGAGAGGACAGUGUGUGGCCAGUAUGGUUCCUAAAUCUGUUGAAUUUUGUUUUGGAGACAAUGUGAGCACACAGGGUGUAUUUUGACUCACUGGAGCCCGAUUCCUUCAUCAUUACAUUUUUAGGGUUCAUGGACUAACAUAUUAUCCUGAAAGAAGUCUGCAUAUGGGGCGACAGGUUUUAUUUCCCCUGACAAUUAGUCCUUUUACAGAUCAACACAGGAAAGUAAUGGAUCCCACAUUUAAGAAAGCCUGAGCUCAUGGUCUUUAACUGUUCCUGCUCUACCUCUGAAAAGCUAAAACCACGUCUUGAUUUGGUCCACGUCACACAUGACUCUCCAGAAUAGGUUCUUGCAGCAGUAGAUAAGUUUAUCCCCACUGGCUCUUUGCGGCACUGAUUUCCUUCCUGGAUAAUUUGCAUUAUUCACCAGCCUAUUAUUUCAUUCUCAUUCUUUGGCACUUUAUAUAUUAGAUCUUAUUGUAUGUAUUGCCCUCAGCUUUUUUCUGUUAUGUCCACCUAAGAUGAACUUUAUGUCCUUUACUUUGGCAACAGUUAUGCAUACAGUUGUAGAUAUUGGAGAACUAAAUGAUUCUCAGUUAGAAUGAUGGAGAUGUGUGUUGAAGUAAUAGACAUUAUUAGGGUGUUCACGGCUAAUACAGUACCUGUCUCGAUAGUCUGCUCUGUUGUUAGUGUGCUUUUUCCUGACUGUUUCUUCUGGUUUAUUGGGAUGCUGUUUCAGUUUAACCACCAUGGGCUUCAGUUUCCCACAAUUCCCUAUAAUUAUGUUUUGUAUACAGAGGACAGAGAAUGGGUAGGGUUGGGGCCAGUAAUUCUCAUGGUUUUCUUUACUGUUUUAUUGUGUAUAUAGUUUUUAUAAAUGGGGGUUAAGGGGUAUGCAAUAUUUGUUAGGUUGUGGAAUAUGUAGGAAAAAGGUUAGGGAAUGUGCCGCAAUAGUAAAAUAUUAGAAGUAACUAUGAGCGAGCUCCUUAAAGUGGUAUUGUCUCAUUUAGGUCAGUUACUAUUCAGAAAUGUCUAGCCACCAUGUGUUCCCUGAUUCUGAUUUUGGCAGCUGAUCUUCAUCAUUGUAAAUAUAAAUGUUAUUGGGUCACAUCUUCCUCUUCUGGUUAAUCAAAGAAAUCUGGUGUGAUCAUUCUCUUAAGAACAACACUGUAAAUGAAUGUAACUUGUGCCAUUUUUGUUAUUUGAAACUACAGUUGGGAACUGUAAACUACUAUCUUAUUUGCAUAAUCACACAUUGCACUUCUUAUUUCUUGGAUUUUCGCCAGUCGACUUUUAUGUUCCAAGGGUAGAAGCUGUUUAUCAGCACUGACAUAAAUGCACCAGUAAGUCUGCUGGUAAAUAGGCCCUCCAUGCCUCCAAUAGGCCCUCCUCUGCUGCUUCGUUGCUUUCCCUUACUCCACGGUUUCUUUACAUUAAUAUGCUAAGUUUGUUUUUGCUUCUGCUUGCUUAGUCCCUCUGCAAAAGAAUUUCCUUUUUUUUAUCCUUAGCAUUAAACAAUUUUACAUAAUGGUGGAGUUGUAGCCUAUGCAGGACAUGAGAGAGUUCAUGAAGGCAAAAUUACUUGGAAGUGUUUCACCUACUCUGAACCUUAUGGGACUUGUGACUCAAGCUUGUGCUUACACAGAAUGAGUAUCUUUAUGUUUAAGGGGUUUUGAGUCCUCUUAUAAAUAAACUGCCAAAUGUAAAAAUGUGUAUAUCUAUUUUAUAGUACAAUAAAUUCACCUUUUUCAUUCUUUUA